CGUCCACCACGGAUUCGAGCACCGCGUCGCGGACCAGCACUACGGAAACUAGCAGCACCACGGUAUCUACCAUCAGUGAAUCGAGCACCACGUCCCAGACCAGCAGUACAGAAUCGAGCAGUUUCACAAGGUCGACCACAACGGUGUCGAGCACGACGUCCCGGACCAGCACUACGGUCACGAGCAGUACCACGUGGUCCACCACUACGGAGUCGACACCACGUCGUGGACGAGCACUACGGAAACGAGCAGUACCACGAUGUCGACCACGACGGAGUCCAGCACCAACUCGCAGACAAGCCGUACGGAAUCCAGCAGUUCCACCGCUUCCACUACAACGAGAUCUGUGAGCACGUCGCGAACAAGCAGUACGGAAACGAGCAGUACCACAUGGUCGACCACGACAGAAUCCAGCACCACGUCCCAGACCAGCACUACGGGAACGAGCACUACCACGGGUUCCACCAUUACGGAGUCGAGCACCACGUCCUGGACAAGCACUACGGAAACGAGCAGUACCACGGGGUCCACUUCCACGGAGUCGAGCAGUACCUCAGGGUCGUCCACCACGGAUUCGAGCACCGCGUCGCGGACCAGCACUACGGAAACUAGCAGCACCACGGUAUCUACCAUCAGUGAAUCGAGCACCACGUCCCAGACCAGCAGUACAGAAUCGAGCAGUUUCACAAGGUCGACCACAACGGUGUCGAGCACGACGUCCCGGACCAGCACUACGGUCACGAGCAGUACCACGUGGUCCACCACUACGGAGUCGAGCACCACGUCGGUGACGAGCACUACGGUCACGAGCAGUACCACGUGGUCCACCACUACGGAGUCGAGCACCACGUCGGUGACGAGCACUACGGAAACGAGCAGCACCACGAUGUCGACCACGACGGAGUCCAGCACCAUCUCGCAGACAAGCCGUACGGAAUCCAGCAGUUCCACCGCUUCCACUACAACGAGAUCUGUGAGCACGUCGCGAACAAGCAGUACGGAAACGAGCAGUAACACAUGGUCGACCACGACAGAAUCCAGCACCACGUCCCAGACCAGCACUACGGGAACGAGCACUACCACGGGUUCCACCAUUACGGAGUCGAGCACCACGUCCUGGACAAGCACUACGGAAACGAGCAGUACCACGUGGUCCACUUCCACGGAGUCGAGCAGUACCUCAGGGUCGUCCACCACGGAUUCGAGCACCGCGUCGCGGACCAGCACUACGGAAACUAGCAGCACCACGGUAUCUACCAUCAGUGAAUCGAGCACCACGUCCCAGACCAGCAGUACAGAAUCGAGCAGUUUCACAAGGUCGACCACAACGGUGUCGAGCACGACGUCCCGGACCAGCACUACGGUCACGAGCAGUACCACGUGGUCCACCACUACGGAGUCGAGCACCACGUCGUGGACGAGCACUACGGAAACAAGCAGUACCACGAUGUCGACCACGACGGAGUCCAGCACCAUCUCGCAGACCAGCAGUACGGAGUCCAGCAGUUCCACCGCUUCCACUACAACGAGAUCUGUGAGCACGUCGCGAACAAGCAGUACAGAAACGAGCAGUACCACAAGUUCGACCACGACGGAAUCCAGCACCGCGUCUCGGACCAGCACUACGGGAACGAGCACUACCACGUGGUCCACCAUUACGGAGUCGAGCACCACGUCCUGGACAAGCACUACGGCAACGAGCAGUACCACGGGGUCCACUUCCACGGAGUCGAGCAGUACCUCGGGGUCGUCCACCACGGAUUCGAGCACCACGUCGCGGACCAGCACUACGGAAACUAGCAGCACCACGGUAUCUACCAUCAGUGAAUCGAGCACCACGUCCCAGACCAGCAGUACAGAAUCGAGCAGUUUCACAAGGUCGACCACAACGGUGUCGAGCACGACGUCCCGGACCAGCACUACGGUCACGAGCAGUACCACGUGGUCCACCACUACGGAGUCGAGCACCACGUCGUGGACGAGCACUACGGAAACAAGCAGUACCACGAUGUCGACCACGACGGAGUCCAGCACCAACUCGCAGACAAGCCGUACGGAAUCCAGCAGUUCCACCGCUUCCACUACAACGAGAUCUGUGAGCACGUCGCGAACAAGCAGUACGGAAACGAGCAGUAACACAUGGUCGACCACGACAGAAUCCAGCUCCACGUCCCAGACCAGCACUACGGGAACGAGCACUACCACGGGUUCCACCAUUACGGAGUCGAGCACCACGUCCUGGACAAGCACUACGGCAACGAGCAGUACCACGGGGUCCACUUCCACGGAGUCGAGCAGUACCUCGGGGUCGUCCACCACGGAUUCGAGCACCGCGUCGCGGACCAGCACUACGGAAACUAGCAGCACCACGGUAUCUACCAUCAGUGAAUCGAGCACCACGUCCCAGACCAGCAGUACAGAAUCGAGCAGUUUCACAAGGUCGACCACAACGGUGUCGAGCACGACGUCCCGGACCAGCACUACGGUCACGAGCAGUACCACGUGGUCCACCACUACGGAGUCGAGCACCACGUCGUGGACGAGCACUACGGAAACAAGCAGUACCACGAUGUCGACCACGACGGAGUCCAGCACCAACUCGCAGACAAGCCGUACGGAAUCCAGCAGUUCCACCGCUUCCACUACAACGAGAUCUGUGAGCACGUCGCGAACAAGCAGUACGGAAACGAGCAGUACCACAUGGUCGACCACGACGGAAUCCAGCACCACGUCUCGGACCAGCAUUACGGGAACGAGCACUACCACGGCUUCCACCAUAACGGAGUCGAGCACCACGUCCUGGACAAGCACUACGGCAACGAGCAGUACCACGGGGUCCACUUCCACGGAGUCGAGCAGUACCUCGGGGUCGUCCACCACGGAUUCGAGCACCACGUCGCGGACCAGCAUUACGGAAACUAGCAGCACCACGGUAUCUACCAUCAGUGAAUCGAGCACCACGUCCCAGACCAGCAGUACAGAAUCGAGCAGUAUCACAGGGUCGACCACAACGGUGUCGAGCACGACGUCCCGGACCAGCACUACGGUCACGAGCAGUACCACAUGGUCCACCACUACGGAGUCGAGUACCAUGUCACGGACGAGCACUACGGAAACGAGCAGUUACACGGGGUCCACCACAACCGAAACGAGCAGCACCACGGCAUCCACCACUACGGCGUCCAGCUCCACGUCGUGGAGCAGCACAACGGCAUCGAGCAGUACUACGGUAUCCACCACCAGUCAAUCGAGCACGACGUCCCGAACCAGUGUCACGGAAACGAGCAGUACCACGGGGUCUACCACAACGAAGUCGAGCACCACGUCGCGGACCAGCAGUACGGAAACGAGCAGCACGACGAUGUCCAAGACUACGGAGUCUACCACCACAUCCCAGACCAGCACCACGGAAUCGAGCACCUUCACCGUGUCCAGCACAACGGAAUCUAGCACCACGUCGCGAACCAGCACUUCGGGAACGAGCAGCACCACGGGUUCCACCAUUACGGAGUCGAGCACCACGUCGCGAACCAGCGUUACAGACUCGAGCAUUACCACGAGUUCUUUCACCACGGAGUCUAGCACCACGUCGCGGACCAGCAGUACAGAAACAAGUAGUGCUACGGCGUCUACCACUACGGAGUCGAGCACGACGUCCCAGACCAGCAUUACGGAGUCGUCCAGCUCAACCGAGACGGCUUCCAGUUUGACCCACUCCAGUACGGUGACAAUAUCCAGCUGGACAGAGACGCUCAGCUCCACUGUAACGUUUCGCCCCCUCGAUCGUCGGAAAUCUGGGUCCCCGUAUCCCGAAACUGCUCCCGCAGCCGCUUCACGUCCUCCUUCGCCGGCGCCUACGGCACGCUAGCACUGUCGUCCAGCGGCCUCGUCAGCGCUUCUGGCGAGGCGCCUUCGCUUCCGCCGCCCUUUGCUCCCGACAGCGCCCGGUGCUCCGGAGGGGGAGGAGGAGUCUUCCAGCGCCCCCCGUCCCCGAAGCGUCAAGUCGGGCCUGUCCCUCUAUAGGCG